AUGGGCACCGCUUCGUCGCUGGUGAGCCCCGCGGGCGGGGAGGUGAUCGAGGACACGUACGGGGCGGGCGGCGGCGAGGCCUGCGAGAUCCCGGUGGAGGUGAAGCCCAAGGCCCGCCUGUUGCGCAACUCGUUCCGGCGGGGCGCGGGCGCGGCGGCGCUGGGCGUCGGGCCCGGCUCGCUGCCCCGCGCGGCGGCCGGCGGCGGGCUGCUCGGAGCCAGCUUCAAGUCCACCGGCUCCUCGGUGCCCGAGCUGGAGUAUGCGGCGGCCGAGUACGAGCGGCUCAAGAAGGAGUACGACAUCUUCCGGGUCAGCAAGAACCAGGAGCUGCUGUCCAUGGGCCGCCGCGAGGCCAAGCUGGACACGGAGAACAAGCGGCUGCGUGCCGAGCUGCAGGCACUUCAAAAAACUUAUCAGAAGAUUCUUCGGGAAAAGGAAAGUGCCUUAGAAGCAAAAUAUCAAGCAAUGGAGAGAGCAGCUACAUUUGAACAUGACAGAGAUAAAGUUAAACGACAAUUCAAGAUUUUUAGGGAGACCAAGGAAAAUGAAAUUCAGGACCUAUUGCGGGCUAAGCGCGAGCUGGAGAGCAAACUUCAGAGGCUGCAGGCCCAGGGCAUCCACGUCUUCGAUCCUGGGGAGUCUGAUUCUGAUGACAACUGUACAGAUGUGACUGCUGCCGGGACCCACUGUGAGUAUUGGACGGGUGCAGCCCUGGGCAGUGAACCAUCCAUCGGGAGUAUGAUCCAGCUGCAGCAGACCUUCCGGGGCCCAGAGUUCGCUCACAGCUCCAUAGACGUGGAAGGACCUUUUGCAAAUGUCAAUAGAGAUGACUGGGAUGUUGCCGUGGCUAGUUUAUUACAAGUCACUCCCUUGUUCUCACAUUCCCUAUGGAGCAACAGCGUCAGAUGUUACCUCAUUUACACGGACGAAACGCAACCUGAAAUGGAUCUUUUCCUAAAGGACUAUUCCCCUAAACUUAAAAGAAUGUGUGAGACAAUGGGACAUUUUUUCCAUGCUGUGUAUUUUCCAAUAGAUAUUGAAAACCAAUACCUCACUGUCAGGAAAUGGGAAAUCGAGAAGAGUUCCUUAGUUAUUUUAUUCAUUCAUUUAACUUUACCCAGCCUCUUGGUGGAGGACUGCGAAGAAGCUUUUCUAAAGAACCCCGAAGGCAAACCGCGCCUCAUCUACCACCGUUCGGAGCCUGGGAAGGUCAGUUCCGACUCCGUGCAGAGAUUCAUCGAGCAGGUUUCUCACCUGCACAAGACCAGCAAGGCCAAGAUUAUUGAUCACUCGGGAGAUCCUGCAGAAGGAGUGUACAAGAUUUACACUUACGUGGAAAAGAUCAUUAGACAGGACCUCCUGGGCUUCGAGAGCACUGAGCUGGAGACGAAGGAGGCCGGCAGUGAGGAGGCCCUGCCCGAGGAGGAGGGGCCGGGUGAUGUGCUAUGGGACAUCCACGACGAGCAGGAGCAGAUGGAGACUUUCCAGCAGGCUUCCAGCUCCACCCACCAGCUGGGCUUUGAGAAGUACUACCAGCGGCUGAAUGACCUGGUGGCAGCCCCCGCUCCCAUCCCGCCGCUGCUUGUCUCUGGAGGACCAGGUUCUGGGAAGUCCCUUCUCUUAGCCAAGUGGAUUCAGUUGCAACAGAAGAAUUCUCCAAACACACUCGUUCUUUCUCAUUUUGUGGGGAGGCCACUGUCCACCAGCUCCGAGUCAUCCUUGAUCAUUAAGCGGCUCACUCUCAAGCUGAUGCAGCACUCUUGGUCAGCAUCUGCUGUGACGCUGGAUCCUGGGAAGCUUCUGGAAGAGUUUCCACGUUGGCUGGAAAAACUCUCUGCCCGCCAUCAAGGCAGCGUCAUCAUCAUUAUUGAUUCUAUAGAUCAAGUCCAGCAAGUUGAAAAGCACAUGACAUGGCUGAUAGACCCACUGCCAGUGAAUGUCAGAGUAAUUGUCUCUGUGAAUGUGCAAACAUGCCCUCCAGCAUGGAGGUUGUGGCCAACGCUUCAUCUUGAUCCUUUAAAUCCCAGCGAUGCCAAAGCUCUCAUCAUUGCAGAAUGCCAUGCCUCGGACAUCAGGUUGAACACAGAGCAGGAGAAGCAGCUGGAGCGGCACUGUCGCUCCGCCACGGCCCGCAACGCCCUGUACGUCACCCUGCUGGGCAGAGUGGUGGCCCGUGCGGGGCGAGCUGGGAACUUGGAUAAAAUCCUCCAUCAGUGUUUCCAGUGUCAAGACACAGUUUCCCUGUAUAGACUGGUCCUCCGGUCCAUCCAGGACUCCAUGGGGAAUGAGAUGGACAAAGAACUCAUGAAACAGAUUCUCUGCCUGGUAACCGUCAGUCACAAUGGCGUGAGCGAGUCUGAGCUGAUGGACCUCUACCCCGAGAUGUCCUGGGCCGUCCUGACCUCCCUUGUGCACAGUUUACACACCAUGGGUUUGCUGACGUAUGGUUGUGGUCUGCUCAAGUUCCAGCACCUACAGGCUUGGGAGACAGUGAGGCUGGAGUACCUGGAAGGCGGCCCGCUCACCUCCUCCUACAGGCAGAAGCUCAUCGACUACUUCACCUCGCAGCUCAGUCAGGACCGUGUGACUUGGAGGAGCGCUGACGAGCUCCCCUGGCUCUUCCAGCAGCAGGGGAGUAAACAGAAGCUGCACGAUUGCCUCCUCAAUCUCUUUGUGUCUCAGAACCUUUAUAAAAGGGGCCACUUUGCCGAGUUGUUGAGCUACUGGCAGUUUGUGGGCAGAGACAAAAGCACCAUGGCCGCAGAAUACUUCGACUCGCUGAAGCAGUACGAGAAGAAAUGCGAAGACGAAGAGGGCCUGGUGUGCCUGGCGGGGCUCUAUGAAACCCUGGGGCGCUUCCUCAAGGACCUGGGCCUGCUCAGUCAGGCCGUGGUUCCCUUGCAGAGGUCCCUGGAGAUUCGAGAAACCGCUCUAGACCCUGAUCACCCGAGAGUAGCGCAGUCCCUGCACCAGCUGGCUAGCGUGUACGUGCAGUGGAAGAAGUUCGGGAAUGCGGAGCAACUGUAUAAACAGGCGCUGGAGAUCUCGGAGAACGCCUACGGGGCUGACCAUCCACUCACGGCUCGGGAACUGGAGGCACUGGCGACUCUGUACCAGAAGCAAAAUAAAUAUGAACAAGCCGAACAUUUUAGGAAAAAAUCUUUCAAAAUUCGUCAGAAAGCCACCAGGAGAAAAGGCAACUUGUACGGCUUUGCCCUGCUCCGCCGGCGGGCCCUCCAGCUAGAGGAGCUUACCCUGGGGAAGGACACCCCCGACAAUGCCCGGACCCUCAACGAACUAGGUGUUCUCUACUAUCUUCAGAAUAACUUGGAAACAGCUGAGCAGUUUCUGAAGCGUUCCUUAGAGAUGAGAGAGCGGGUUCUGGGCCCAGAUCACCCAGACUGUGCGCAGUCUCUGAACAACCUCGCGGCCCUCUGCAACGAAAAGCAGCAGCACGACAAGGCGGAGGAGCUGUACGAAAGAGCCUUAGACAUCCGGAGGCGAGCCUUAGCCCCCGAUCACCCUUCCUUGGCCUACACCGCGAAGCACCUUGCCAUUUUGUAUAAGAAAACGGGGAAACUGGACAAAGCUGUACCUUUGUAUGAGCUGGCGGUGGAAAUUCGGCAGAAGUCCUUUGGCCCCAAGCACCCCAGUGUAGCUACAGCCUUGGUGAACUUGGCUGUUGUCUACAGCCAAAUGAAAAAACAUAUGGAAGCCUUGCCAUUGUAUGAACGAGCAUUGAAGAUUUACGAAGACAGCCUGGGUCGAAUGCAUCCUCGCGUUGGAGAAACAUUAAAAAACUUAGCUGUACUUAGUUAUGAAGAAGGGGAUUUUGAAAAGGCCGCUGAACUCUACAAAAGGGCAAUGGAAAUCAAAGAAGCAGAAACAUCCCUUCUGGGUGGAAAAGCUGCUUCCCGACACUCAUCCAGUGGAGACACUUGUAGCGUAAAAACCACCCAUUCGCCUAAUGUUUUCCUUCAUCAAGGACCAAGGUAA